AUGGAAGAGCUCGAUGUGUUCCAGCGGAUCCGAAAAUACCUCAGUAGAAGCGGUACUAAAGAAGAUACAAACUCGAUCCUCAAUCAAAAUGCCGUCCAGCAAUGCUACAUGAUGAUAUCACAAAUGGUUCAACGAGAUCCGGCAUAUUAUGCUGUUCUAGUCGCGUGCAGACCGGACCAAAAUCGGAAACUCAUUCAUCGCUCGCCACAAUAUCAACAAAGCACCUUUUCCCAACGCGACAAUGUAGGGCUAGGUGUCCCAAUCGAUCAUAUUCAGUCGCCGGUCCAAGGAGAAGGUACAAGUGACAUCCAAAGUACUGUCAUAUUCCCGACAUAUGAGACUGCACAAAAGAUUCGCCUAGUCCCAGUGUUCCAUCGACAAUUCAACAUGGGCUUACAGAGCCCGCUCGAACCGAAGUAUGGAGAUAGAUACAAGGCAUCUGGUGAAGCCCGGGAAAUUGCGGUACAGCCGGGUGAUUUGGUUAUGUAUCUUCCACAAAUUCUCGGAUGGCCAACAACCUUUUCCUCGUCGAACUUUAUCAGCCUGUCUCAGAUUGGGCUAGACAACAGACUACCCACAGUCCCCUUGGAGCCCAGUGAGAGAUAUGAUACAGGUAAUUGCGACAAGGCCUGGGAGCAGCUAGAACCGCAGUUUCACGAUCCCAGAAGAACAGCACACAAAUAUUAUACGGCAAAAGCGGGGCUUACUGAAGACAGUUGGUAUAAUGUCUCCAGUGCCAUAGGCCGGGCAUUAACAGGCCGUCUGGAUUGGGGUAGCGACAGAGCAACAGAAGAAAUGAACUACAUCCUUGGUUCUCAUGAAGCGAUGGCAGUCGAAUUUGUUGCGAAGUCACGGGCGCGGUUGGCGAAGCAAUUUCAUCGGCUCUGUGAUUCAAUUGAGCGAGGUUUAGAGCUGGACUCUGGUAUGAGGAAUCCUUCUCAGUUUACGUCAAGAAUAAUUACUGACUUGAAUCCAAGAUUGCGGAAUGAGCAGCUGUGA